GCCCACGGAGUGGCAGUCGGAGGUCAGAGACAGAGGAUUAAGACUCUCCCGGUGAGGAAGGACCCAGCCCUCCGCUACACGGUGAGGAAGGACCCAGCCCUCCGGUACACGGUGAGGAUCGAUCCGAUGAUCAGUGAGACUGAUGGAGGUUCAAACACAAAGUCCUGUGUGAUGGGGAAACCUCACUCCCGAUGGCUUUUAUUUUGCUGCCGAACUUCGUUGGAAAAACUAGGACUUUAAAAGUUAACGGCUGAUUGGAAAAAGACUACGUAUCGAUAAAUAUAAUCGCCAACAGGCCGUGAAGCGAUCCCAAGCAGUCUGCCAUUCGGCCAGUGUUAUAUCGGCCAGGUAUUCUUAUUCAAAGUAACAGAAAGUUUGAAGGCUGUCCUUGCCGCUCCUCCAACAGUCAGAGUCAGGGAGCGAGUCCUCUGAAGUCCACAGCGCAGGGCUGCAGAGAACUGCCUCAGUUAGAGAGCUGACUGUGUAAAACUACAGAUAAAGAGCUUCCUGAGGGAUUGGUACCCUGCCGACUUCACCACAAUACUCUGAAUCAAUAAAAACCUUCAGUCUCGUCUCUGCAGCUUCUUGUCGUUAUGGCAACCAAAACAAAAUGGGAGGCGAUGAAGGAGCGCCUGACGGGAAGCCCCGCCCAUGGCCCCGACGCCACACUGGAGGCGAAUCUGGAGAACGCAGACCCUGAACUCUGCAUCCGACUGCUGCAGGUUCCCACCGUGGUGAACUACUCCGGUUUACGGCGGCGGUUGGAAGCCAGUGAUCAGGCCUGGAUGGUUCAGUUCCUGGAGCUGCGCGGUCUGGACCUGCUGAUGGAGGCGUUGGAGCGACUCUCCGGACGCGGCUGCGCUCGCAUUGCCGACGCCCUGCUGCAGCUCACCUGCGUCGCCUGCAUCCGAGCCGUCAUGAACUCGUCCGAAGGACUGCACUUCAUCCUGGACAACCAGGGUUACGUCAGGACCCUGACCCAGGCUCUGGACACCUCCAACGUCAUGGUGAAGAUGCAGGUGUUUGAGCUGUUGGCGGCUCUGACUCUGUUUGACCCUCAGGGACACCACCUGGGCCUGGACGCCCUCGACCACUACAAGACUCUGAAGAAGCAGCAGUAUCGCUUCAGUGUGAUCAUGAACGAGCUCCACUGCACCGACAACGUCCCGUACAUGGUGACGCUGAUGAGCGUCAUCAACGUCCUUGUGCUAGGACAGGAAGACCUGAGGAAGAGGGACCGCCUGCGGCAGGAGUUCAUCGGACUGCAGCUGUUGGAUCUGCUGCCCAGACUGAGGGAGACGGAGGAUGAGGACCUGAACAUCCAGUGUGAUGCGUUCGAGGACUCUCUGACGGAGGACGAGGAGGAGAUGGAGAGACUGUACGGAGGCAUCGACAUGAGCAGCCACCAGCAGGUCUUCACCUCGCUCUUCACCAAGGUGUCCAGCAGUCCAUCCUCUGUCCAGCUGCUGUCCAUCCUUCAGGCCUUGCUGUUGGUGGAUCCGGACAGAGCUGAGGUCUGGUUAGCUCUGGAGCUGCUGGCUGACCGAGCCACGCUGCUGUCCCAGGACCCUGACUUAGAGUCUGCUGAGUGCCUGCUGGAGAGGCUUCUCCCCCACAAAUCCCUCUCAGCUAAUCGCAAGGUCCGGACCAUAGACAGGGCGGUACAGACUCGACUACCGGACGGUCCUCCUGGACAACCUGAGCACCUCAUCAAAGACGCCUCCACAACUGCUGCUUCAUCAGCUUCUCCUCAAGCUCCUCCUUCUGGUACACCUCCUUCCCCUCCUCACUUACCUGGUAUAGGAGCUCCACCCCCUCCUCCUCCUCCUCCUUUACCUGGUAUGGGGCCUCCUCCUCCUCCUUUACCUGGUAUGGGGCCUCCUCCUCCUCCUCCUCCUCCUCCUCCUCCUCCUUUACCUGGUAUGGGGCCUCCUCCUCCUCCUCCUCCUCCUUUACCUGGUAUGGGGCCUCCUCCUCCUCCUCCUUUACCUGGUAUGGGGCCUCCUCCAGGUGACAUGAUCUCAGCCCAGACUGCUCAAGGUCUUGGUAGGUCGUAUUACAGCCCUGCCCCCUGUCCCACCCUCCGUAUGAAGAAGCUGAACUGGCAGAAACUCCCGUCCAGAGCAGUGACGGCUCAUCAGUCCUUGUGGACGUCGGCAUCUUCAGAUUCAGUGGAACCAGAUUACUGCAGCAUCGAGCAGCUCUUCAGUCUUCCUCCAACUGAGACCAAGACCAGAACCAAAGCCCAGACUGAGCCCAAAAAGAUUUCCUUCAUCGACGCCAAGAAGAGCCUCAACCUCAACAUCUUCCUGAAGCAGUUCAAAUGCUCCCAUGAGGACUUUGUGUCUCUGAUCCAGAGAGGAGACAGGUCCAAGUUUGACGUGGAGGUCCUGAAACAGCUGCUCAAACUGCUGCCGGAGAAACACGAGGUAGAGAACCUGAAGUCUCACCAGUCAGACAGGGACAAGUUGGCCCCAGUGGAUCAGUUUUACCUGCAGCUGCUGGAUGUCCCCAGUUACUCUCUGAGGAUAGAGUGCAUGUUGCUGUGUGAGGAGAGCAGCUGUGUUUUGGAGACUCUGAAGCCCAAAGCUGAGCUGCUGGACCGAGCCUGUCAGAGUGUGAGGGACAGCACUCGUCUGCCCAGUUUCUGUAAACUCAUCCUGAGUGUUGGAAACUUUCUAAACUAUGGGACUCACACAGGAAACGCUGAAGGUUUUAAGAUCAGCACUCUGCUCAAACUGACCGAAACUAAAGCCAACAAGUCCAGAAUCACCCUGCUGCACCACAUCCUGCAGGAGGCGGAGCUAAACCAUCCAGAUCUGCUCAACCUGCCCGAUGAUCUGGAGAUCUGUGAAAAGGCUGCUGGGGUAAAUCUGGAGUCCAUUCAGUCUGAAAGCAGCGCUCUGAUCAAACAGCUGAAGAACGCAGAGAGGAAACUGUGGUCGUCCUCUGAGGACCUGAAGGAGCAGUACCUGUCCCCCAUACAGGAGAGUCUGCAGGCCUGUGAGCAGCUGCAGCAGCUGUUGUCCUCGCUGGAGGACCAGAGGACGCACUUGUCCACCUACCUGUGUGAGGACAGCAGCAGCUUCUCCAUCGACGAACUCUUUAGCACCAUCAAGACCUUCAGAGGACUCUUCCUCAAAGCCAUCAAGGAGAACGAGAGUCGCAGGCAGCAGGAGAAGAGGAGGAAGCAGCAGGAGGAGGAGAGGAAACUCAAAGGAGACACCACAAAGAUCAUCAGGAGGGACGUGUCCAAACAGGACGAAGGUUGCAUCAUCGACAACCUGCUGGCUGAGAUCAGGAAGGGCCACAACCUGAAGAAGACCAGACCUCGAGCUGAGAGGGGCAGCAGAGUCCAUGAUCAUCCUGCGGUCAUACGGAGGUCCCUGGCUAUGGACGAGCCUGACUCAUCUCAGUCCAGCCAAUCAGAGAAGCCUGCAGAACCACUACAGACUGGAACCCGGAUUCCCACUGAUCCAACAGCUGAAAUGAGACCAGAACCAGGGACAGAUGAGACCCAGAGCCUGGACUUUGGUCCUGACCCAGAGACCGGAGACAGAAGGAACGGGGAGUCUGAGUUUGAAGAGAUCACAUCAUUGGAAGUGAGGACAGCCGAACACAACGAUGGUCCAGAUCCUGGUCCAAAGGAACCAGCACAGAAGUCCAGGAUCAGUCCAGCAGGCGCUGACGUUGGGUCCAAACGCAGAGCGAAGGUCAGCUGUGUGUCACACUAAGAUGAGGGGAGGAAGACUCGUCUCCAUGGCGACUGUAUCAACCUGCAUGGAGAGAUACGUCAAAAUAAAAGCAUGAACAGUCUGGAGUCUGACGGCUGAUUGGUUGUAAAGUUUACCAGAGCUCUCUUUCUCUCUCUUUCUCUCACUGUCUCUCUCUGUCUGUCUCUCUCUCUCUCUGUCUCUCUCUCUCUCUCUCUCUCUCUCUCUCUCUCUGUCUCUGUCUCUUCUCUCUCUCUGUCUCUCUCUCUCUCUCUCUCUCUCUCUCUCUCUUGCUCUUACCUGAGCAGGUGUGUUUUUAGUUUCUGAUGGUCAACCGGCUGGUUGGAUCCAGUCUGAUGUGGAUCGUGGAUUUGUUAAGCAUUGGACAGAAGAAGAGACACGAUGAAAUCAAUCACCUUUGUUGUGUUCAAAUCCCAACUUUCAAAAUAAAAGCCUGCAGUGAAACGUUCAAA